AUGCCUGAACCUUCCGCCGAUUCCCCUUCUUCCGCCUCUUCUUCCGCCUCCCCUUCCGCCUCCCCUUCCGCCUCCGCUUCCGCGACCGGUUCUGCCUGCGCCCCCGCGCCAGCUCCUCACUCGCGGAACGGUCUUGUCCUCCCCGGGCGCGCGUCUCUAGACACCCUGCAGGCCUCCCCCGCUCCCCCGCUCGCGCUGGGCAACCCGCGCCGACUCGUCGCGCGGAGAAGCGCCAGCAGCGGGGAGCACCCCCCGGGACUAUCCCUGAUCAACCGCCGAACCGCAGCUGCAGGCUCGGGAAGAGGCUUGGCGAGCAGGCGCGAGGUGCCGGGGCUGAACAGGCCCGGAAGGGGCCCGGGGGGGUUUAAACUAGACAUGGGCGCGCUUCAGCGGAGCAGGGGGGAGCGGGAUUUCGCGCGGGAGGCGCAGGAGGCGCAGGCCAGGCGGGAUAAAUUCGCGUUUUUCGAAAAGGACUGUAGCAGAGUGCUGGAGCAUGUUUAUGUGGGGAGCGACUUUGUAGCGAGAAGCAGGGAGGUUCUUAAAGAGGCUGGGAUCACGCAUGUGCUGAACUGCGUGGGGUUUGUGUGCCCCGAGUAUUUUCCCGAAGAGAUUAACUACAAGACGCUCUGGCUGCAGGACAACACGGGCGAGGACCUGGUGUGUGUGCUAUACGACGUGUUUGAUUACAUUGAGGCCGUGCGGGCGGCGAGGGGCCGCGUAUUCAUCCACUGCUGCCAGGGCAUCUCGCGCUCCACGUCCCUCGUGAUCGCAUAUCUCAUGUGGCGCGAGGGAAUCCCCUUUGGAGACGCGUUCAAGAGAGUCAAGGCACUGAGAGCAGUAGCCAACCCCAACAUGGGCUUCGCGUGCCAACUGCUGCAGUGGCAGACGCGCAUCCUCCCCCCCUCCGCCCUCGAUCCGCCCCCCACGCCUCAACCUACCGCUCUUCCCCCUGCUGCUCCUGCAGCAGCAGCAGCUGCUCCUGCUGCCACUGCUUGCGGCGCUGGUGCUGCUGCUGAGCCAGACGCAGCAGCAGCAGCAGCAUCAGGCGGAGAAUUGCUAGCAGCAAGGGCCACAGGUGGUGCUGCUGAUGACAUAGCAGGGCAGGGAGCAGCAGGGCAGGGAGCAGCAGAGCCAGCACCACUGCAUGCACCGCAGCAGCCAGCACAGCCGUCUGUAGCAGAACCAGCACCGGAAUCAGGGGCAGCCAUGGAAUCAGAGCCUACACCACGGGUAGCACCAGGGGCGGCAGAGGCGUCAGGGGCGGCAGAGGCAUCAGGGACGGCAGAGGCGUUAGGGUCGGCAGCGGCAUUAGGGGCGGCAGAGGAGGCAUCAGGGGCGGCAGAGGCAUCAGGGGCGGCAGAGGAAGCAUCAGGGGCGGCAGGCAGCUGUCACAUGUACCGCAUGGCACCGCAUUCGCCGUACGACGCGCUGCACUUGGUGCCAAAAAUCACCGCCCUCUCCCGCCACUCCCUUGACCCACGAGGGGCCUUCAUUGUGCAAAUACGGACAAACGUGUAUUGCUGGCGGGGGCGGGAGUGCCACCCGCUCAUGGCCAAGCAGGCCCUCGCAGCUGCCGCCCAGAUCAUCAAGUACGAACGACUGGGGGAGGUGACAUCUGCUGCUGGCGGGGAGGUGGCACCUGCUGGUGACGAGGAGGUGGCAUCUGCAGGCGGGGAGGUGGUAUUUGCUGCCGGUGGGGAGGUGGCAUCUGCUGCGUCUGAGGAGGUGGUAUCUGCAGCAGCAUGUAGGUCUGGCAAGGUGGCAUCUGGGGAAGCCCUUGAUGCAGCUGACGCAGCAGCAGCAGCAGCAGGGGGGGGGAGGGAAGGGGGGGCAGAAGGGGAGGGGGGAGGGGGAGGGGCGAGAUAUGUGAUGGGGAGGACACAAGCAGAGAUAGAUGCUCAGAUGCAGGCGGUCAGGAAGCAGGGGCUGACUUAUCUCGGGCAGGAUGCAAAUCUUUUGAGCUGCCCGGGGCAGGGAAAAGGCUCACUGAUGAGUGGAGGGAUUGAGGGAAGAGGGGCAGAAAACGGAUGUGCUAGUGGCAGUGGGGAUAGUAACGAGGGAUGUGAGAAGAAAGUGGGUCGUGAUAAUACCGAGGGAUGUGAGAAGAUGGGGGCGUGUGAUCAUAACGGAGGGUCUUUGGCCUCUGGAAACAGUGGCGCAGAGAAUCAGAGCACGAGGGAAGGAAGCGGAUGUGAUUGCAUUGAAGGGGAGAGAGGCAGAGAGAAAGGGGGAGGGGAGGAAGCGCGUGGGUUCAAUGGUGCUGGGCCGACAAUUGAGGAGGCUCGAGAAUCCCCCGCGGUCAAUGGUGGUGAGGCGAUGGAGGAGGGUAGAGGGAGUAGAGAAGGGUUGCGUAUUGCCAGUGGUAAUGGGGAAAAUAGGGGAAAUGUGAAGGUUGAAACAUCUCAGGGGUCCUCCCCCUCCUCCUCCUCCUCCUCCUCCUCCUCCUCCUCCUCCUCCUCCUCCUCCUCCUCCUCCUCCUCCUCCUCCUCCUCCUCCUCCUCCUCCUACACCUCCUCCUCCUCCUCCUCCUCCUCCUCCUCCUCCUCCUCCUCCUCCUCCUCCUCCUCCUCCUCCUCCUCCUCCUCCUCCUCCCCUCCCCCAACCUUCUCGCCGCCCCAAAAUCCGCACUACGACUCCGAUUUCGAGUACUUCCAAAAGGCGGUCAUGGGCGGCACGCCUCGUCCGGUAGCGGGCUUCGUCUCCCCAUCCUCCAAGAUUCUCCCGCACAAGGGGCGCGGGUGGGUGACAGAAGAAGUGCUGUGGAGCAUGACUCUGCUGCACGAUCCCUACACUUUCCUGCACGAUCCCCCCUCCUACAGUGGCUCAAUGCAUGAUCCGUGUUCAGCCGCUUUAUUGGAGCAGCAGCAGCAGCAGCAGCAGCAGAGUUCGAAGGAGUGGCCUGCUACAUGGAAGCCCCGGCACCAGCACUUCCCGGUGCUGCCUAAGAUGAGCCUGAGUGUUGGUGGGGUGGCGGGUGAGGGGGAGGAGAGAAGACCCUGA